GGAGACGAACAUAGCUGAUCCGAUUCUGGAGCAGAGAGUGGCUUCAUUUCAUUUCAUCUUCUCCAAUCUCCAGUACCGGUCUCCGUUCUUCUCAUUACCAAGCAGCAGUUUAUGAAUCCCACCGUUUCGAAUAUCCCAUUGUUCCCAUCUCCCACUCCUUACUCGACAUCAUAAUCCCACCGGAAUAGUUCGUUAUAAUGGCGAUGGCGACUCUGAUUUCAACUCCAACCACUUCAUUUUCGACUUCCACAAGAGCAAGAUCUCUUCUCCACCCUUGUUCUCCGAUUUCCUGCUGCAAAGCUACCAACUUUGGCCUUUCUACUAAGGUUCCCCAACUGGGUUCGGGGAAUUUGUCUCAAUGGAGUGGAUUGAAGCAGCUCAGCAUCUCAAUUACUCCAAAGUCUCUGCAUAAAGAAAGGAAAGGGAGGUGUAAUGGCAGGGUAGUACGUGCUUCUUUGUUCGGAGUUGGAGCUCCGGAAGCUUUGGUCAUUGGAGUGGUGGCUUUACUGGUGUUUGGUCCCAAAGGUCUUGCCGAGGUUGCCCGCAACUUGGGCAAGACUUUGCGGGAAUUUCAACCUACCAUUAGAGAACUCCAGGAUGUUUCUAGAGAGUUCAAAAGCACCCUUGAGAAGGAGAUUGGUCUUGACGAGAUAAAAAAUGUUACACAAACCACGAAUUUUUCCAACAAAACACCUAGUGCACCUCCUCCUGCUGCCUCACCACCCUCUUCAUCAGUUACCAGCGCUGCAGAUUCUACAGCUCAAGCUGAACCCAAUGGUUCUCCAGCCCCAAGCAAUGCAUAUACCAGCGAUGACUUAUUAAAAGUCACAGAAGAACAGCUCAAGGCAUCUGCUAGCCAGCAGCAACCGGAAACACCUGCCCUCGAUAGCCAGCCAGAAGCUAAAGUCGCAGAAGAGCAGCCAGAAGCAUCUGAUGCUCAACAACAAAAGCCGACGCCUUCCACGCCAGAGAGCCAAGUAGAAGAAGCUCAAGCUCAACCCACAGUCAAAGAAACUGCAGCUGCCUUGUCUCCCGGCUCAGCAAAGCCAGAAAGCGAGACAUAAGAAUCGUCUUGGAAUUGAUGACAAUGCUCGGUAGCCAUGUCACCACGAAGUCCUAGAGGAAAUGAUGCCCUGCUAGAUAUCUGGUCUUGUAGUUAGGAUAGAGAAGAGAUAUAUGCAGCCAGUGAAAAAUCUUCCUUAGUUUGUUGAAGAUGUAAAUUACAAUUUUGUUGUAGAAAAAGUGGACUUGUUGCAUGGUGUAGUACCUUGUUCUUGAGGGCCAGUGUUAUUUUUGUCUCUUUUCUAUCCAUUUCAACGUACCAAAUCAUCCCAAAUUGAUCCAAGACUGCAUACAGGCAUCUCGAAUCAACUCAAUAAGGAUCGGCAUCUGUUUGUAAACAUAUUUGAUCUGAUUCGAUACAAUCCGAAUUUUCGGAAUCUGACCAAAUUGAACUACCUUUUGGUUCAAUCUGAAUCGAUCUGGGCGUCAAUUCUUGAUCAGAACGAACUUGAAGUACCUUCGGUGCAAAUUUGUUCCGAUCUAGGCGUCAAUUUGGC